AUGUCUGCUGAGAAGAGACCGGCGGAUGACGAGCUCGGCGCAAGCCAGAUGAUCGUCAAGCGUCAGAAUGUGGGAUCUUCAACAGGAGCUUUAGCAAGGCUGAACGCCUCGGGAAAGAGCAGUGCGUUAGUGCAGGCGACACCGCGCACAAGUAACCUGCAGGCACCGGUCAUGGAACUAUCUGGUCACUCGGGCGAGAUCUUUGCUGCGAAAUUCGACCCAACGGGCAAUUUCAUUGCCUCAGGAUCUAUGGACAGAAGCAUUUUGUUGUGGCGAACGUAUGGGGACUGCGAAAACUACGGCAUUCUUAACGGCCAUCGAGGCGCAAUUCUAGAUCUCCAAUGGUCGAGAGACUCCAAAAUAGUCUUCUCGGCUUCGGCAGACAUGCACCUGGCAAGUUGGGACCUCGAGAACGGAACAAGAAUACGAAGAUACAUCGGCCACGAAGAGAUCGUCAAUACAGUGGACCUCAGCAAACGAGGCGAGGAUAUGCUAGUUAGUGGAAGUGACGACGGCUCUAUCGGCUUGUGGGAUCCGAGAUCAAAGAACGCAGCAGACUACAUCCAGACGGAAUUUCCCAUUACGGCCAUUGCCAUGUCAGAGGCUGGAAACGAGGUCUACACGGGAGGCAUCGACAAUGACAUCAAAGUCUGGGACUUGCGCAAAAAAUCGGUCGUGUACUCGAUGCUGGGACACCAAGAUACGAUCACCUCCCUCAGAGUCUCUCCGGACUCGCAAUCUUUGCUUUCAUAUGCCAUGGACUCCACAGUGAGGACAUGGGACAUUCGGCCAUUUGCCCCGACCGAUAGAGCCAUCAGAACGUUCGACGGCGCGUCCAUGGGCCUGGAGAAGAACCUCAUCAAGGCUAGCUGGGAUUCCGAAGGCAAGAAGGUGGCUGUCGGGUCCGGAGACGGUACUGCGACUAUCUGGUCUAGUGAGACUGGAAAGCUCCUGUACAAGCUUCCGGGUCAUAAGGGAACCGUCAACUGUGUCGAGUUCGCGCCCGGAACGGAGCCCAUCGUACUUUCCGCGUCGUCUGAUCGGAAUAUGCUACUGGGGGAGCUGCGGUGA